AUGGCACGAUCGACCCAGACGUCGCCAGGGCCUUCGUCGGCACCGCCCACACGCUCCGCACAACGUCGUGCAACCCGUCCGAUCGUCGUCACCGACACGGAAAGCUCGUGCGAUGCAGACGAAUCGUGCUCAUCCGAGGCCGGCGUCCUUGCCCAGCCUUCGGCUCGGGCUCGCCUUCCUCGUUUUACUUCUGUUCCCGACCACGACUCGGACGACGAGGUGCAAAGCACCGACGGUAUUGAAGCUGAUCUGAUGAGCGAGGACGAUGCCUACCUGGCGGACCUCGCCCAGGCAACGCAGGUAAAGGCUGACGUGCUGAGCCAGCGAUUGAAGUCUCCUGGAGAGAAUCGCGAAAAGCUCUUCGCCCAACUCCUCGACCCCGGCAAGCGCUCCGAGCUGCGGAUGAAGAAGUUCAGCGACUUCGUUCAUCCGAAUGACCGUCACACGCUUGAUGUCUCAAAGUGGGAAAGCAAGAGUUUUAUCAAGAAACGAGCUAAAAAGUUUGUCGAUCUUUACGAGCUGUAUCUCAGCGAAGUGCACAGGCCUGGCGAGCAGAACGAGCAGCUGCUCGAGGCGCUGGAACUCUACCUCGGCGAUCUCAUGGACUGCGUCGAUCAUCCAAAGGACUUGACCGGCUGGAAUCCAUUCUCGGCCCUCGCCAAUCUUAUCGCGGCCGGCGCUUUAAUCCGCUCCCCUGAAGCUGUCCAAAGCUGUUCACGUCUCACUCUGGGAGCCGACUGGAGUCUCUUGAGCGCAGCUGAUGAGGCUCGUAUGGGGAUUCACAUGAUCGCAAAGCUCUACAAACUUCAUUACUGGAGAAAGGUCGAGAUCGACGAGCUGCUUGGACGAUGGUCAGGGAAGUUUCCCAGAAACUCCACUUGCGUCAUCUGUAAACAAGAUCUAUGGGAGAUCUUCUUGCUCACCACUGUCCUCGCAAUGAUCACGUACGGCACAAAACACGUGGACAAGGAAACGGCUUCUGACACUUCUUCCGAGGGCGACGACGGAGGCGAUGACGACGUGGACGAGGACGAGGACAUGAGGACCAGUGACAAUGACGAUGACGACGACCACGAGCGCGAUAAUCACCAAGAAGGCCAGAAUUCCGAUUCAGACGAGGACGAGGGUUGCAGCCUGAUGCAGCACAGCGUCGAUUCUCGCUUGCUCCCCCUUGACGAUUCCGAAGAGCCGCCGCGCGCACCCACCGACGGACUCCAGCUUGGCCAGCGCCUGUUGAGGAACUACGGCCCAAACCAGUACGUCUUGCGCAUCGUCUCGAUGGACACGUUCGGCGGCGCCGAGCUGAGCAACCCGCAGUUGAAGGUGUGCCCGCGCUGUGGGUUUCGAUUCGACGGCAAGGAUCUCGUGCCUGGCACGCGGGCGCACGACAUCCUCGAGCACGCUGUCAUGAUCGCGAGGCAGCAGAUCUCCAACCUGCAGGAGGUGAUCGACCUGCCGACGUCCUAA